UACCACAGCAUUAUCACAACUGAUAAACGACUGUGGUUAUCAAACACAAUAGCAGUAUCCUUUGAAUCAACGCAACCACCAGUUGCAUGCAACAGCCAUGAAUAUUAAUAAACAGCUGAGCGUUAUCUACAACCCACACAAAGCGACUUCACAAUUAUCUAUUAUGUAAGCUUACAUGCAGAGAGCUUCCUUUGUGUAUCCUGGAAGUUCAACGCCUGCGCACUGUUAACAAACCUACAAAAGUGUUAUGGAAUACAAGAGGCGCGAAACUUGGCUUUACAAUCCACAAGCGACAGCAUUGGCUGCUAAGCGCCACACCAAGUUUCGCAACAAGACAGCAUGCCACCAGUGAAAUGUGCUGCAGGUGUUUAUAAAAUGUUGUCCUGGCGCAAAUCGGCGAAACAGUUCCUUACGUGCCGCGAAGUGAAGCAGUCCGACGAGCUGAGAGUGCACUUGCGUUCAACAAAUAAUUUUGGCAGUUUUGUGAUAACUUACGAAAGUUAUUGUUAAGAGUGUUACUUGUGAGGGAUAUUGAGUUGUUGAGAGAAGCGUAGUCAACAAGCCACAAAAAUAUUGUGCAAUAAAAAAUAUAUAUUUACAAAAACAAUAUUCAAAAUGGGGCAAUAAUACAGUAACAACGUGUGAAAAGCAAGUGAAAAAAGUGCUACAACAAAAACCACAAAACAGUGAAAUCAUAAAAGCUUAAACUCGCCGCAGGUGUCCUUCGCCGCGCAAGGACAACCGCAUAAUCGACGCAUAAACUCAUUCAAAAUGAUUAACAAUAAUUUGGAUUAUGAGCGUAAUAGCAACACAACGCCAGCGGGUGUUGACGGUGUUGUCGCACCAACAGCCACAACAACAACAACGCCGUCAGCCACAAUAUCACCAACGACGGCGAACAGCAACAAUCGGAAUAGCAACAGUAACAGCAACAGCAAUCACGCGAGCGUCGACAACGGCAGCUACUUUAAUCGCUUUGACAAUCGCAUUGCCGCCAAUUUGGCAGCUGUGCUGACGGGUUCGCGCUUCCGCUCGUCCUCGUCCUCGACAUCUUCGCCAACGAAGACACUGCAGAAGACGAAGAAUGCGAACAAUCUUCGCACCGCGCAGGGCUUCUCGAAUUCAAGUACAAAUAUGCAUACUGUCGGCAGCGCAGCGACGCCGCCCUACAAUGGCGUUUCGACGUUGGGUGGUGGCCGAAAGCCACCCGCUCAUCUGCAGCUGCAUAACGGCGGGAGCAACUCGCGACCCUCAUCGCCGCAGCUGAAUGGCGGCUCGGUGGGGCGCAAUCGACGUCCGUUGCAUUUAUUCACGCAAGCGAAUUUGAACUGCAAUGACAACGAGAAAGCCGUGCAUACGCCACCCAGCUCGGACGAAGACAACUCACCCACAGAGCUGAAUAAUUGCAAGCGUUUGGUGGACAAACCGCCCUUGGUCAAGCGCUUAACCAUGGGCUUACUGCGUUCAAACGAGGAGUCGCGACCGCUUGUUAGUAUUGGCACGCCGACGUGCACUACAAAUACAAAUACACUGCACAGUUCGACAAGCAAUAAAAUCUAUUCGAAUGGCUAUAUUAAUGAGGAGGCCUUCGAGCCAGAGAAAUUUAUUGCAAGCAAAUUCGGUGAUUCUUGUCGGCAAUCGCUAACGGCUAUACCCAUGUUGGACACAGUGAAUCUGAACGACAAUAGCGAGUUCAAUCUGAAGAAGCGUUAUUUGCGUGAAACCAGUAGUGCAAACUCCAGUCCGAAAAUAUUCGCCAAUCGCCUGCGCAAUAACACCUUAUCGGCAGCCUUGCGCUCCAACACAACCUCCAACUCCACUACAAACACCACAACCACAGCGGAUGCCUUAGACGAGUCCGAGGAAGCCGAUCUCAAGGAUGCUUCCUGGUUCCAAGCUGGCAUCUCACGUGACAUAGCCGUCGAAGUGCUUUCGAGCAAGAGUCCUGGUGCCUUUUUGGUGCGCAAAAGCACCUCCAAGCCGGGUUGUUUCGCCUUAACGCUGCGUGUGCCAUCGCCACCGGGGCCUAAAACGGCUAACUAUAUUAUUUUGCGAACGGCAAGGGGGUAUAAAAUAAAGGGCUUCCGCAAAGAGUUCUCAACGCUGCAGGCCUUAAUCACACAUCACUCCGUUAUGCCGGAACUGCUGCCAGUGCCGUUAGCCAUGCCCCGCCCAACAAAUAUGACUUCAUCGCGCCGCAAUAUCGACGACUUUGACACUUACGACUCACUGCAAAUGCUCGUGAAGUAUUUACGCGCAAAAACUUUGGAAAAUGAGUAGAAUUAAGUUGAGUGAUAGUGACUAUUUAUAAGCAGAGUUGUUAUAGUUUGGUCUUGCCUGAUCUGAAAAAGCACAAAUAAAGUUAUGAACUGCGAAAAAUUGAAAAACAUAAAGCUAAAUGAAUAACUUACUCGAAAAUAGCUGAACUUCCUACUCUUCAACCCCACAACUACUUCAGUCUACGCUAAUCAACACAGUAACAAGCUUCAUUACACAAAAAUUAUCAAACAAAAACCGAACACUUUCCACAGCUAAUUAAUAGUCUCUCAUUGCUUUCCAAAAGAAACACCCUUUAUAAAAAAAAACUUAAAAUAUAUAUAUUGUAGAUAUGUUUAUGUAGCGAUAUAUUUGCGUUUGUAUUAGUAGAUAUAUAAAAGCAAAAAACACAAAAUGUCUAUAGAAAAAUGUGAUAUCAUUAAGUGACACUACGAUGGACUGCGGCGCUUGAGAUUUGUCGCCGAGUUGCAGAACUACUUACAUAGUUUACUUAGUCUGUAUGUAUUUAAUGUUAAAGUUGUUUUCUUGUGUAUAACUGUUAAGAAUGGCAAACGCACGAUAUGGCGCAUUUGUAUGUGUGUCUUGGCUAUGUACAAAUAUUAAUUAUAAUUACUGCAUUAUUAUUUGUCUAAGAAAUCGCCAUGUUUGCAGCAAACUGAAAGAAAAAAGUUUU